AGUGAUCUAAUUUGAAUUUGGGUAUUUAUGGACAAUAAAAUCUGAACUUGGGCGGGCUUUCACCAGCUGCUAAAGGCUUAAUGUUCGCUGUUUGGAAUCCGCAUAAACUCAUCCUCUGGCAAUCAGAUAGGAAUGUAAUGAAAGACAAAGCAUCUAUCUCAGAAAAAAAAUCUAGGAGGGAGUUGACAGAUCUGGGACGAGUCAAGCGGCCACCAGCGAGGAAAGAAAGAGUGGGUGGGGGAGAAAGUGGAACAGUUGAAGGAGGGGAACAAUCGGCCGAUUAUGGGGAUUUGUUCAUGGAUCGAAUAGGAGAGGAACGAAGAGGAACAGAUGACAGGUGGAAUGACGGAAAGGAAGAUCUGGUGUCCAAUCGGGCCGGUUUCGAUGAGACCGUCCAGUUAUGUGCGCAAAGGAAAGAAUUGAGGGAGGUAGGAGGUGUACGUGGUUGAGCAGCGGGGGAGUCCUUUGCCCCCAGUCCGCUGAUAUCAAGUCUGCAGCCUUGUGCUUCGUUGUUGCCACCACCGUUGCGUUUUAGCUCCGAGAAUAUCUUUUUCUUUCAGAUCUCCUUUGUUUAUUUUUUCAUUAGAUUCAUGUCUUUAUGUCUCCUUUUUGUAAAUCAUUUUGGUAGAUUAAUUUUUAGCCAGUCUGAUUCGGAUCUGACCUUUAAUUUAGUGUACUUGAUGUUAGAGUCCUAAAAGGGAGGAGUUAAGGGAGUCAGGGGGUUACAGGGAGAGGAAAUGAAGUCUCCCUUGAUUUUGAGUCAGGUGCCUACCUAUUUAAAAGCAGAUACCUUCUUUUUGGCAUUUUCCAGAUGUUGAAGUUUUAACACAAAACUUUCUGGCACGACUCUGUUUCUUUUUCUGAAUUUAGCCCUUUUAAUUUCUUU